UCGUCGCCGUCGGUUGGGUUGGCCGCGACAACGCCUUCACUAGUUGAGCCGCGUCCCGGCCCGCGUCCCCUCCUCCGCGCCCACCACUCACCUCACCCCUCCCCCUCCCCGCACGGCCGCACGUUCCACGCGCCACACCCAGCCGUGCGCGCUACAUCGCAUUCGCAUCACUACCCUUCUCCCUCCAAGGCUCCAACCAACCGCGCCCCCGCCGCGACCGGGGGCCUCCUGUGUCCAGUCCUCACCGCGGGUGACCGCACCGCACGGCGACGUAUCCACCUCAAAUCUUCCAGGAGCUCGUGGCCUCGUGCCUCGCACGCACCAACUCGUCCCGUCCCCGACCGAAGCAGCAGCCGAGCACUGGAUUUGGACCGAGCGGGCCGGCGCACCAGCUGAUCCCGCGCGCGAUGUGGCGUUCGGCGGCGGCGCGGCGGUCGGCGCAGAUCCGGCGGCUCCUGUCGUCGUCCGCCCCCGCGGCCGGGGCCGGCGCCGCCGUGCCGGGACCCUGCAUCGUGCACAAGCGUGGCACCGACAUCCUCCACGACCCAUGGUACAACAAGGACACGGCGUUCCCCCUGACGGAGCGCGACCGCCUCGGCCUCCGCGGCCUGCUCCCGCCGCGCGUCAUGUCCUUCGAACAGCAGUACGAGCGGUUCAUAAACUCGUACCGGUCGCUGGAGCACAACACGCGGGGCGAGCCGGACUCCAUCGUCGCGCUGGCCAAGUGGAGGAUCCUGAACAGGCUGCACGACCGGAAUGAGACAUUGUACUACAGGGUGCUAAUUGACAACAUCAAGGAUUUCGCGCCGAUAAUAUACACUCCGACUGUUGGGUUGGUCUGUGAAAAUUACAGUGGUCUGUUCAGACGCCCCCGUGGGAUGUAUUUCAGUGCUAAGGAUAAGGGGGAGAUGAUGUCGAUGAUUUACAACUGGCCAGCAGAGAAGGUUGACAUGAUAGUUGUGACUGAUGGGAGUCGCAUUCUAGGCUUAGGUGACCUUGGAGUUCAGGGAAUAGGCAUACCUAUUGGUAAACUUGAUGUUUAUGUUGCAGCUGCUGGUAUUAACCCACAAAAGGUUCUUCCAAUAAUGCUUGAUGUGGGAACAAAUAAUCAAAAGCUUCUAGAGGACAAGCUAUAUUUAGGACUGAGGCAACCUAGGUUGGAAGGAGAAGAAUACUUGUCCGUUGUAGAUGAAUUCAUGGAAGCUAUCCAUGCACGUUGGCCUAAAGCAGUUGUGCAGUUUGAAGACUUCCAAAUGAAAUGGGCCUUCGAGACCCUCCAGAGGUAUCGGAACCGAUUUUGCAUGUUCAAUGAUGACGUACAGGGGACAGCUGGAGUUGCUCUAGCUGGCCUACUUGGUGCUGUUAGAGCACAGGGCCGACCUCUCCAGGAUUUUACUAAUCAAAAGAUAGUUGUUGUGGGAGCUGGAAGUGCUGGGAUAGGUGUGCUUAGCAUGGCUAAACAGGCAAUGUUAAGGAUGCCUGGGAUCAAUAGAACUGGGGAAGGACAUAACCAAUUCUGGGUUCUGGACAAAGAUGGCCUUAUUACCAAAGCUAGGAAGCGUCUGGAUCCUGCAGUGGCUCGUUUUGCUAGAGGUUAUGGUCUUGAUGAGGUCCAAGAUCUCCAUGAGGGUGCUAGUCUUGUUGAAGUGGUCAAGAAAGUUAAGCCUCAUGUGCUUUUAGGACUAUCUGGAGUUGGGGGCAUAUUUAAUGAGGAGGUUCUCAAGGCUAUGAAAGAAUCUGAUUCCCCUCGCCCUGCAGUUUUUGCAAUGUCCAACCCUACUACUAAAGCUGAAUGUACUCCUGAUGAUGUAUUCAAGUAUGUUGGAGAGAAUGCGAUAUUUGCUAGUGGAAGCCCUUUCAGUAAUGUUUCUUUCGGAAAUGGUAGAACAGGUUACGCUAAUCAAGCAAACAACAUGUAUCUAUUUCCUGGGAUUGGUUUAGGAGCCCUUCUUUCAGGUGCUCGGCAUAUUUCAGAUGGCAUGCUUCAAGCAGCAGCUGAGUGCCUCGCAUCAUACAUCACAGACGAUGAAAUUCGAAAAGGAAUCCUCUUCCCUUCAGUCUCCAGUAUCAGGCAUAUCACCGCACGCGUCGGCGCUGCAGUCGUCCGUGCUGCUGUUGCUGAAGAUCUGGCUGAGGGCCGCUGCGAUGUGGGUCCUAGGGAGCUGGGGAGCAUGUCAGUGUCAGAGUCGGAAACGGUCGACUACGUCGCUCGGAAAAUGUGGUACCCUAUUUACAGCCCCCUUGUGAGCGACAAAUAAGCUCGACGGGCAUAAAAUAUCAGUCUGCACGGGACAGAUGUGCCGGAUGUUUCACUCGAAGAAAUGUACCGGAACCAAACAUUUGUUUCGACUACUUUCAGUUAACCAUUUUAAUCCAGCUGCUUUACUAGAAAGCAUUUCGGCACAGAUUGCCCACGUAUAUGGCUAUGCAUCGCGCCAUUCAUUCGCCUUAGACAUGAUUCUGUCACAUGAGAAUGCUCAAUUUUGAGAUCUGUUGAGCUACAUACUGCUACACGAUUUAUGACAUUAAUAAGUGUCAGAUGCC